ACACGAAUUUCAUCCACCCGAGCACUUUCCCGCCGACUUUUUCUUUUCACACCCUUUCUGCAUCACGCUGAGGAAAGCAAUCACGACACGAUUGCUUAGGCCACCAUGCAGAUCUUCGUGAAGACCCUUACGGGCAAGACUAUCACCCUUGAGGUGGAGUCGUCGGACACCAUCGACAAUGUAAAGGCCAAGAUCCAGGACAAGGAGGGCAUUCCCCCGGACCAGCAGCGUCUCAUCUUCGCCGGAAAGCAACUCGAGGACGGCCGCACUCUUGCCGACUACAACAUCCAGAAGGAGUCGACCCUCCACUUGGUCCUUCGUCUCCGUGGUGGUGGUAAGAAGAGGAAGAAGAAGGUCUACACCACCCCCAAGAAGAUCAAGCACAAGCGCAAGAAGACCAAGCUAGCUGUGCUUAAGUACUACAAGGUCGACGGUGAUGGCAAGAUCGAGCGCCUCCGUCGUGAGUGCCCCCAGCCUGAGUGCGGUGCUGGUGUCUUCAUGGCCGCUAUGCACAACCGCCAGUACUGCGGAAAGUGCCACCUCACCUACGUUUUCGACGAGGCCAAAUAAGCGCGCCACUACCGGGGUACGCGACACGAUCGAUAACGAGUUAAGGCAUCAUGGCAUGGCUGGGAGGAGCUGAAUAGGUUCCACCGCAUUGUCGGACAUGUACCAUCAAUCAAUCAAAAAAACUUGUCAUGGACCAGAUGAACAGUCAAUUGUUGUAUACGUGAAUGCUCAUGUUGUCUCGCCCGCACUGACGUCAGGUUCAUAAUCUGUUCGCUAAUAUGGUUGUCCGUGCUUGGUGGAAUGAAGGCCCGUAUUGGUGGCGCUAGGACCAGUGGGCUGAUUGCUGAUAACCUGAUAGUAGUACUAAUUAAGUGGAUGUGGUCGGUUGCCUGUUGCCAUGGCGUCUUGCGGACGAAUGACCUAUUUUUGGAUGGAUGUGUUUCAACA